AUGGUUAGAGACAUUGGGUUUUUAAGUGGUUCUCGCAACAUGUCUUUGGAGGAGAUUGUUGCAAUGUUUCUUUAUACUUUGGCACAUCAUCAGAAAAAUAGGACAAUUGCAAAUUAUUUCGACAGAAGUGGAGAGACUGUUAGUCGGCAAUUUAAUUUAUGCCUGAUGGCUAUAUUGAAGUUGCAUGGAAAGUUACUCAAAUCACCGGAGCCAAUUUCCAAUGACUGCACGGAUGAGAAUUGGAAAGAUUUUAAGAAUUGCUUAGGAGCACUAGAUGGUACAUUCAUUAAGUUGAAAGUUCCCGCCAAGGAUAAAGCAAGGCAUAGAACAAGAAAAUCAGAUCUUGCAACUGAUGUUUUAGGAUGCCGAAUUAUAAUGGCAUGUGCUCUCCUUCACAACCUAAUUAGAAGGUAUAUGCAUAGAGAUCCAAUAGAAGAAGACUAUGAAGUAGAAGAGGAAGAGGAAACUUAUGAGGAAGAAGAUAUAGAGAAUGGAGUUGAGUUCAUCACAACCGUUGAGACAUCUGAUGAGUGGACCAACUUUAGAAAUACAUUAGCUCAAGAAAUGUUCAAUAGUUGGAGAGCUAGAUCGCUUAACCAUUGA